AUGAGUUUAAUACUGUGUGAAUACAGAAGAUAUGUCCCCAAAGCUGCCAAGAUCCUUCUCAUUUCUGUCACAUGGUUCUGUAGUUUUGGUGGAAUCUCCACCAGUGAGUCUCCCAGAAUAGCUUCUUAUUUUGGAACAAAAACCAGAUAUGAAGAAGUCAAUCCAUUUCUGCUGACGAAUCCAUUGCUGGUUUCCAGAAAGAAUGAUCUUCUGCCCAAUACUUGUACACCUCUUCAGGUAGUGUCAGUGAUCAGACAUGGUAGGAGAUAUCCAACUCAAAAACAAAUAAAGAAAAUGAAGAAAAUGUAUAACUUAAUCAAACAAAGUGAAAGCAAUUCAGAGCUGGUGAAGGAGCUACAGAGCUGGAACAUGUGGUAUGAUGAGUGGAUGGAUGGUCAGCUGGUAAAGAAUGGAGAGGACGACAUGAAGAAUUUAGCCCAUAGAUUGGCUUCUCUCUUCCCAUCUCUUUUCACCUCAGACAAGCUCGAGCAAUGUAAGAUGUCCUUCACCACCAGCUCUAAGCAUCGAUGUGUAGACAGCACAAAAUCUUUUAUCAAAGGACUGACCCACAACUACCUCCGACUCCCAGAACUGACAGAUACUGAGCAGGACGAUACAACAUGUAGAGAACCCAUGGUGAAUGAUACUCUCAUGCGUUUCUUUGACCACUGUGAGAAGUUUGUGGUCCAGGUGGAGGACAAUGACACAGCAAUGCAUGAAGUGGACAAGUUUAAAAUUGGACCAGAAAUGCAGAAUGUAAUACAUAAAGUUGCUACUCUGUUAAGUGUUCCUAAGGAUCAACUAAAUGCUGAUUUAAUCCAAGUAGCUUUUUUUACCUGCUCAUUUGAAUUGGCCAUUAACAACAUUGUGAAUUCUCCUUGGUGCCGUCUGUUUGAUGAAGAAGAUGCGAAGGUCCUAGAAUACCUAAAUGACUUGAAACAGUACUGGAAACGUGGCUAUGGCUUUGAUAUUAACAGCCGGUCCAGCUGUAACCUGUUCCAGCAUAUCUUCCAGCAUCUGGAAACUGCAGUCUCUGAAAGCAAAAGGUACUGUUAUGGUUUUGUCAGUUCAAGCAUACUUUUUUAA